AUGAGAGCCUUGGUCGCUGCGGGGAGUGAGAUGGAGCCGGGCGCGGAGGCUGUGGGCAGUCAGGAUGGUCUCCGCGAGCGGAGAGGCUCCACUGGGACAGCGAGGCGGGAGCAGAGCCACAGUGUGCAGCCUUACUGCGGACCAAACGGAAUCCCAAGGCAUUCCUACUGGUUAGACCUUUGGCUUUUCAUUCUGUUCAACCUGGUGUUGUUUUUCUUCAUGUAUUUUAUGCCUUGA